CUCCUUUCCCGCGCUCCCACGGCGCGCCGGGCCCCUGAGUCCCCGCGGGACUCCGCGGUGGCUGCGGGCGCCCGACCGAGGGAGGGCGGGGCGGGAGUGUCCGUGCUUCCCCGCUCUCCGGGCCCGGCGCCUCCCGGGACGCGGGGCGCAGGGCGGGCAGCUGGGCUGGCUUCGUGGUGCAGGCCGCGGCGUGCAGGGUCCGGAUCGGGUUGGUGGCUGAGGCUGGUGUUAUCACGGGAGAGGGUCCCGGCCCCCGGGAGGCGCCUCUCGCGGAUGCCUGGCGCUUGUUGCGCCCUGCGUUCCUCGAGAGCCAGCGGGCGCCGGGCGGGCCCAGGUGUGGCUCAGGUGAGGGGCGGGCUCCCGGUCACUGAGGCCGGCCUGGCCUUCAAGGCUGCCUUCUCGACCUGCCACGAACAGCUUCGAGACUCCCGGAUUCCCUAAGCCUGGGAUCCCAGAAAAUUACUCGGGGGGGAUGGAUGGAUGGGGGCACAGACCAGCCGGAGGCCCUGCCACUGACUGGAGAAGGGUUGGCAUUAACCUGCUGAAGACCAGACUGCGGCUCCCUCUCAGACAGUGAGAAGAGCAGUCAGUACUCAGGCAGCAGGGGGAUCUGUCUCCCCUUGCUUCCAGCACUGUGCACAGGGAUUGGCAGUCACAACAAUUUUUCUGGGGGCCGAAUCUUGUCAGCACCUCUGGCUCCUAAGGACCAAAUCUUACCCACACCCACUUUAAGUUGGAGUACAGGGCCCUCUACAUCAUAAGUUAAGUGCAGAGUCCAUGCUGGGGGGGGGGGGGCAGAGAGGGGUGAUGAUUGUACCCACAACCACCCUGGAAACCUGAUUCCCAGAGCCUCCAGUUUAAAGCCCCAAUUCUGGCUUCAGCUCACAUUUCUAACUGUGAAGUUCAUGGUUCUCCAGAGUGACAGCUCCCAAGAUUGACCAGGUAGCUGGACCAACAACCAUUAAGACUGUCAGAGGAGCUCAGUUCUGGGUCCAUCGUUAUAAGCUGUGAGCAGACAGUUUGGUCUCACUAGAGACCCCUGGCUAAGCCAGGAACUCACUAUGCAUAGACCAGGCUAUCCUGGUGCUUGGACUAAAAGUGUACACCACCAUGUCCAGCCCUCACACGGCCGACUUUAAAAGCUGGUAGAAGAUGCUUUGAAGUGCAAGCCGAGCAGUGAAGACCUCACCUGGAAGCCUUGCAGAGCAUCAGCCUACACCUGAGACUUACAAGAUGUGAAACAGGCUGACCCAUAAGCCCUGCCUCUCAGCACCCAGCCUGCCUGCUAGGAUGUUCCUCAUGAACGCCCCUCCAGUGGUGGCGCUCCAGUCCAGAUGGGAGGCCUUUGGGCAGCCCAGGAGCUUCUGCCUCCCAGACUGCUUCUCUGAGGCUAAAGAGGACGGCUCCAGGGCUUCCGUGAGCGCCAGGGUCCAGAUGCUCAUCAGCACGCUUCAGAGGGACGAGGCUGCCCUGGGCAUGGGCCAUGAGCGUCUCACCCAAAGAGGCCAACGUGCAGAGAGGUCCCGGGACACGAGGCUGGCCCCCAAGCCUGCUGUAUGCAAAGAGCAGCCAGAGUUCCCUGCCCGUGGUCUCGUGGCAAACUGCAGCGCCCUGGAGAAAGAUGAAGCUGGGAGACGCAGUCCCUUGGAGCUGGAUUCUGACAGUGAUGACUCCGUGGACCGAGACAUUGAGGAAGCUAUCCAAGAGUACCUGAAGGCAAGGGGUGGGGCUUCUGAACCUAUGUCCCAAGGGGCCCCCUCUAUCCCCGAGCCUGCCCACAGCAGCACCUUGCCCAUCCCGUGUCCCUCACAGCUCACUCCCGGCUCAGGUAGUGUUCCUGUGGGAGCCAGUGAAGAUCAGGGCUCCACCUCCCCAGCGAGCAUGAGCAGCGAGGACUCCUUUGAACAGAGCAUCCGAGCUGAAAUAGAACAGUUUCUUAAUGAGAAAAGACAGCAUGAAAACCCGAAGUGUGAUGGGUUUGUGGAUAAAAAAUCCGACCCAAACAACAGCCCUGCCAGACUUAGAGGGAACCGAGAAACCUCAGCCAGGGCAGCUCUGAUGGGAACGUGUAAGGAGUUCAUCUUCCGAAAACCUCCCAGGUUAACAAAGAUGAGCACACAGCAGAGAAACUUCCAGCCUAAGCCCACCACAGAGCCUGAGACCCCAGUGAGCACGAAGCUGACCGCCCACAGACCGGAGGCUGCACAGAGCAGGGGUGGGGUGAGGAGGAGCAUGCCUGCCAGGCGCAGCAAGCGCAUCAGGAGCUCGGCCCCAGUGCACCAGGCAUCAGACUCCAGCAGUGACGACGGCAUUGAGGAGGCCAUCCAGCUAUACCAGCUAGAGAAAACCAGGAAGGAGGCCAGUGGGGACCCACCUCUGAGAGGCCAGCUGAAAGAGGAAAGCCCUGGUAGUGCCCAGCCAAACGCCUUGCCUGAAGCCCACAGGAGACCCCCUAGCAAGAAAAAGCUGGCUGUUCCCAAGGUUAUAGACACCACCCAGGGGGUCCUCCACCCUGAUCCCCUCUCCAGGCUCCUGACGGAUUCGAGAGCCUCUUUACCUCCAGGACACGCAGCUGCCAAGAGUGAAGCUGUGUGCCAGGCCUCACGCCUAGCAGACACAUCUACCGAACUGAUGUGUGCAGAAGCGAUCCUGGACAUCUCCAAGACCAUUCUGCCAGCCCCCAUGGAAGGCAGCGACAGGCCUCCAUCCAGGAACCCACUCUUCUGUCCCCAACCCAUGCCUCCCCGUUCUGAAGGUGACAGCAGCAACAUUGACAGUGAUGAUAGCAUCGAGCAAGAGAUCCGAACGUUUUUGGCUCUCAAGGCACAAGUAGGGAGUCCUCAGCCUGCCCAGGGUCCACUGUCUUCGCCUGGCCCCAGUGGCCAGCCUGGCAUCCCCAAGGUCCCUUUUGCUAAAACACUAGAUCUCCCUCUGGUCUGCAAACGGAAACGGAGAGGUGGAGGAGGCAGCACUACAAUGCCCAAGAAAAUAAGGGAGGGUAGAGAAAGUACCCAGGACGCUGACCACAUCCAGGGGAAAGCUCAGCCUGGCCAUGACGGGUGGGACCCUCUCGGGCACAACAAAAUCACAGAGACCCCAGGAGGAGAGGCUGAAGCCAAGGAACAGCCUGUCAUUUCCAGGACAGUUGGGCUCAGUGAUACACACCUACCACAAGGGGCCCUCGGGAAGGCCACUGAGAAGGAAAGCUCUGAGGAUAAGAGCAGUUCUCUGGACAGUGACGAGGACCUGGACAUGGCCAUCAAGGACUUGCUAAGAUCCAAGCGCAAGUUUAAGAAGAGGUGCCGAGACCCACGGGCUUCCUGUAAGAAGGUCAGAUUUGGCAGCACAGAGACUCGGUGUGGGGAGAAGCCGAGCAACCUUCCAGGGGACUGGAAAGACCACAGACAGCAGGCACUACGGAGCUGUCUGCCCAAGUGCAGAGGGGACAAUAAAGAUGGCCCAGGACGAAGCCCAGGAAGCAGUGUGGCAGAGAAGGCAAAGAUGGGUGGCACAGGGGGCGAGGACGCAACCCCUGCCUUUCUCCUCAGGAGGAAAAGUCCAGAAGGGGCUCUUCCCUCUACAGACACAGGAGCCAGUGGCCACCCUCCUUCAGCCUCCAGCCCCACAUCUGAGGACAGUGCAGUGGACAGUGAUGACAGCAUCGAGCUGGAGAUCAGGAGGUUUUUGGCAGAGAAGGCCAAGGAGUCUAUACGCAACACAGAACCUCAAGGGGGACCUGCCAAGCCAGAGAUGCCCUGUAGGAAAGACCCAACCCUGGGGUUGCAGCCUGGAGUGUGCACACGGAGCCAAAAAGCCAGGGGAACCCCUCAGCUGGCCGAAGGAAGGAGAGGCCCAGAGAGAGCUCGGACACAGGCAACCGGCCUCUUGAGCCAGUCUGGGAAGGGCACCCUCCGUGCUGAGCAGACCGCCCGCCUCACCACUGCCCUGGGCCGAAGUGAGCCAGCACUACCCAAGAACACCUGCAGGAACAGCUCUGCCAAAGCAUCUCCGCCAAGCAGGAAAAGUGCUCACGUUCACAAAGACCAUAGCCCACAGGGAAGCCAGACUGCAACGGCAGAAAGUGUGUUCGGUCAGCUGCCCAGUUGUGCCAAAGUGGGUGCCGAGGCUGGAAGCGCCGGGGGUACCUUUCACCUGAACUAUGGCAGUCAGAACUUGCUAACCCCCAACCCUGGGUCCCAGGCUGACCUCGUCCUUCCUUGGAGUGACUUUGCACACCAGAGCAGGCUAUCCAGCCCAUGGGUGCUGAACUCGGGUCAAGGCACAGUGUGGACAGGGGUCUUUAGGGGUGAGAAGGAAAAAGGGGCUACAUCACAGGCUGGGGCCCCACCCAGCCUCUCCUCAGGCCCCAGGAAGGGCCUGCCUUUCCUCUCCACCCAGCUCUUCCACUUUGGGAAGAAUGUUUCUUGGGGGGGCAAGCAGACCAGCCUCUUCAGCCCCAAUCUAGGCUUACCUCUGCAGGCUCCCGCAUUCUCAGCCUUCAGGGAGACCCAGCCUGGCCACAACCCUGUAUUUGGAAGCCCACACUUGCUAAUGAAAGACAGUGGGAACUGGCCAAGCCGGAAGGCUCAGGGGACCCUGAGACAACAGGACAGGAGGAAUUCUGCCUCUGAGGACAAAGUUCUAGACCUGAGAUAUCGGCACAGGGUUGACAGGGAACCGCAGGACCAGGAGACCUUGGGCAGUGAUGCCAGCGAAUUCAGUGACACUUCCAUGGAGGAUGGGGGCAGUGCCACAGUGAGCAGUAAAGGCCUCAAGUUGUGACAGGCAUGCCAUGCCAUGGCUGUGGGAAGCAGUGUCCGUGUCUUGCCUGAUGUGUGUGCAUGCAUGCCUGUCUGUAUGUGUGUGACUUUGUGUUUAUGUGCGUGCGUGAGCCUCUGUGUGUGUGUGUGUGUGUGAGAGAGAGAGAGAGAGAGAGAGAGAGAGAGAGAGAGAGAGAGUGUGCCUGUGUGUUAGGCAGCAUAGGGUGGAAGUAGGGGAUCAUGACAGAUAAAGAGCAAAAAUUGGGUCCCUUCCAUGCAGCUCCCAUCCACCCCUAAUAUAAAUAUAAAUAUGUACACUAACUUCAAAUGACAUUUUUAUUUAAUGAAUGUGUCCUGGUACAUAAUGGGUUUUGUAGGUUUUUUGUAAAUUAUUUUAAAAGUGCUGUAAAAAAUACUUUUUGAAAAUGUUCAGUCUUGCAGGGCGUUCCUAGCUGCAGUUCUGGGUCUCAGUGCAUGUGUGGUAGGUGAGUAGACCCUUGGUUCUGCCUGUCCCUGUGAGGGUCAGAGACAGAGGCUGGAACCGCUUUGCUUGUGAAGAUAUUCAGGCCUGGAGAUCGCAGCAACCAUUUACCUUGGAAGUGCUAAUGUGGUUGAGGUAUGUCAGGAUACCACUGGGGCAAGGGUGUCCCUGGAUUCUGUAGUCAUGACCUGUAAUUAGAAAACAUUUCAAAGCACAACAGCUAGCAAAUAGCUAACCAUCCAUCCCAUCUAGUGUGGGAAUCACUACUGGCUCUGUAGCUCAGCUGACCCCAGAUCAUCCAGUAUCCAGUAGCUGGGGGAUUCUAACAUCCUUAUAAAUCCCUUCAUAUAAGGGCUACAGAUUUGCUUUUAAUCAUGGCUCUAAAAGGUGAUCCCACAUAUCCGUUUUGACUGUCCUGUUUGUGAUGUGUGUAUGGGUGAGUAGUGAGGCCAUGAGAUGGCUUGGUCUCCAAACACCUUAGCCACCUGUGAUGGUGAGCCCCAGCCCUGGAAGCAGUGAGGGCAAACCCUCCCACAGCUGCUGUGGGUGACCAGUGAUGACACCAGCAGGCUGCAUGGCUUUCUGCAAUGCUGCCUCUACCCAGGAGAAAGAAGGCUCUGGCCAGUGCUGAGGCCAGACCGCAGGCACUGGGGUCCUGGGAGUUUGGCAGUGAUACUGCCUUGGUGCUGAGGUGCCUGUGGCAACUGGGAACUGAAGAUGUGCUGGAGCCCAGAUGUGAAGAUUACAUCUGUGUUGUGAUUCCACCUGUCUUCCCUGAGUUCUGCAGCUCAGUAUUCUGGAUUGCUGUGUGGCUACUUUGUGGCUGAAUUCUAUUGGUAUUCUGACAUGGGAGAGAGUUUUCUACUUUAUGCACCUGGGUCUGAAUUGUAAAAAGUGCCCAAAUGCUGGCACACACUCCAACCAUCCUCCCCAUCUGCCACGUUGGAACUUUGAUGUGGUGGCAGGCUCUGUGGUCCCGUUGUGGUCCUAAAUGAUCUGGUUCUAUGUAUAGUAAAUUCAUCGUGAUAUUUGUUCGUGUGUUUCUAGGAGAAACAGCUUUGUGUCGUCAUCCAUGUUCCCACUUUAAAUUUUCUGAGUGCUUUUAGCCCCUGAAAACAAAGAGCAUCUUGUUUUGUAUAUAAGACCCAUCCAGUUUGGGUUUUUGUUUUUCUAAUGAAUAAACCAAGUACUAUCCACA